CUCUCAUGUGGGAGACUAAAAUACAAGUUUUCGACUUUUUUUUUUUUUGCUGGUGUCGUUGUGCAAUAACAAUGUGGUCAUUUUGAAGCUUUAUUGUGAAGAAAUAGUGCGAACAAUUUGACCAACGGUGAAGUCUGACAGUCAAUGUUGUCUUGAGUGGAAGCCUCGUUAAUGUCAGUAUUGACCAAAUCGAGUUUGCGGUUUAAUUAUUUAUUCUCUCCAUACAAGGUUCAGUUGAGUUUAAGUAAACUACCUAUUAAUUGCAAUACUUUUGCGUUUAUUAUUGUGGUAUUUUUUGUGAAAGACACCAGCGGUGAGCGUGAAACGCAGUGACCCGUGGAUUUGGUUUAGUACGCCACGCGUGCCAUGAACCUGAAGUUGUCAUAGAGAGAGAAAUUGCUGCACAUCACUAGCUGUGGUUUUUAUCCUUUCAAUGCAAGGGAAUAAGCCAUUUCCGAAGUAGAUACACGGCGCCAUAGCGAGUGUUACCGAAAGCGUAAUUCAAUUGCGAGUUGGUAUCAAAUCGCACUAACUUGCGUUGUGGCCUGCUGCACAGCCAGCUAACAGUAGCUAGCAGUUACUCAGCUUGGCCUAUUCUGUUCUGACUUUGGAGACUGCAGUGGCUAACCAGGUAGCCACUUAACUUCCCUCCGCCCAUUUUUCCGGAAUGCAUUGUUUUUUUUUUUUUUUUUUAACCUGGGUUCUCGUGGUUUAGCUAACGAACCAAUUGACAGCUACCACUCGCCAGCUAGUUUUAACCGAGUUGACUGGAUUCUAACCCAGUUCUCUCCUCGGUCGGAUAUUGAUUUAAGUAAAUAUGUCUCAGCGGACUUUACUUGUGGUUUUUGUGACUGCUGUCUACGUAUGGAAUUGUCAGCCAACGAAUGGAGAAAAUACAGAAAUAUCCCCUGGAAUCUGCUCCAGUAAGGACAUCCGGAACAACGUGACCAACCUGCGCUCCCUGGAGAACUGCACAGUGAUCGAGGGCCACCUGAAAAUCAUCCUCAUGUUCAAGACCAAGCCCGAGGACUUCAGGGGCCUAAGUUACCCCAAACUGACCGUGGUCACAGACUUCCUCCUCCUGUUCAGGGUCUACGGCAUGGAGAGCCUCAAAGACCUCUUCCCUAAUCUCACUGUGAUCCGAGGUAACAACCUGUUCUUCAACUAUGCUCUGGUCUUCUUUGAAAUGCUGCAGUUCAGGGAUAUCGGCCUCCAUAGCCUGAUGAAUAUCACUAGAGGAGCGGUGAGAAUCGAGAAGAACCCAAACCUCUGCUACCUCUCCACCCUGGACUGGUCCAAGAUCCUGGACACGGUGGAGGACAACUACAUCGUAGCCAAUAAAAAUGACCGGGAGUGCGGGGACGUGUGUCCUGGGGCGGCCAAGGGGAAGACCACCUGUCAGCAGACCACCAUCAACGGCCUCUUCAACGAACGCUGCUGGACGCACAAGCAUUGCCAGAGAAGUAAGUCACUGGGUUCUUAUUUAGUUCAUCCUUUAUUUAAUCAGGACGUCCCAAUGAUGUCAGAAGACCUCUUUUACAAGGGAGACCUUUGGUUCUUAGUCAUUUCUUUGUACGAUGGAAGGAGUGUUUGUAUUUAAAUGCAAGAAUCAGUGCCAAGUGCUGCUUGAAUGCAGAGGGGGGAGGGUGUUGUGUUGUUGUUUCUUUACGUUUCUGUCUUGUUCCGGUAUACUGGGGUGAUGUCGGCUUAAAUGUGUCAACAUAUUUGAGGUGUUGGCAGCUGCAAAGGUUAUUAACAGUAUAUGCGCCCAUUUUCGGGAUGUACUGUGCUACAGACACGCCCCCUUUAUGAAAGUCACAUCUGGCACUGAAGGAGUCACGGUCAUGGUGCGUUUAACUAAUAUAGAAGUGGGAAUUUACCACAUAUGGCUGGGAAACAUCUACUGGAGCAGCUCUCCAACUGGUAAUUACUAAUGAGAAACUCCUCUGGAGCACCCGCUUUACCCACAUGGUGACCUUUGAUGUCACCUACUAAGGAAAUGGCCUCUUAAACAGCAUUUUCAGCAGUUAAAUGCAAGAACAAAACUAUUUUUAUAAAAAGCAAUCUUUGUGUUUUUGUUUUUUUACUAUAACUUAUUACAAUCAUGAUAGCUGUACUUAAUUUAUGAUUGACACAGCUUGUUGGCCAUUAGCCAAUCAGCGUUUCUCAACGAGUACAAAUCACAUGAAUGCAUCCAACUGGUAAAUUCCCACCUCACAUGGUUACAAAUGCAGCAUCAGACUGGAAACUUGAGAGGCCCAACCUAACAAUCCUGUCACAACAGACAAUGCUAGGAACACUGUGAAUGCUGAACAUUGUGAAUAGCAUUUCAUUUUACUGCUGUACUGAACCCAAAACUGCAAUACCUACCGAACCGUGUGUUUGGUGAACCGUUACUAACUAUGGCUGAGUAAAGUAGGCUGAGUUCAGGUUGUAUGUCAACUUUUACCAUGCUCCUGAGCCCUGGGUUUGAUUGCAAUGCAGCCGAACAUACACACUGUCUGUGUGAUUGUUCUGCUAGACCUGAGAGUGUUGUCUCAGCCCCGUCACACAUGAAAUGUAGAGAGACGCGGGCGCCUCUCUACACACACACACACACACACACACACACACACACAGAGGUGAUGUCACUACUUCUCUAGCCCUAUUCCCUCUAGUCCCUCACUCUAAAAAUAAAAAUUAAAUAGG